GCGACGAAUAGCUAUGCUCUUAGCCUCUUCUUCUUUAGCACGUUGGUGGUCGUUUAAAAAAAUCCCCGGGAGACCAAAGUAACAAACAAACAAGAACAAAAGUUGCCCAAUCGAUUUUCCUCUCGACCGUCGAUGAAUGGUCGAAGGAAAAAGGCAAAAGAUUCUUUCUUUAUUUCUUCCUUCAUCUUGAAUCUCUGUUGACUUCCUGGGUUCUCAUAGUCUUCACCCAAUUCCUCUGUAAAAACAUUCAACCAUGGCUCCCGCCGCCGCUGUCGCCGCCGGCGGGCCGUCGAAAUCUCGGUUGCUCGUGGCGGACUUCGCGAUGUCGUUCAUGUGGGUGUGCUCGAGCCCGUUGCUGAAGAUGUUCGUGUUCGAUGUUUUGGGGAUGCGUUCCCACGACCCGGUGUCCGAAAUCGUGAAGUGCGCAUGCUCGAUUACCAACAUGUUCUUCUUCGCCUUGUUGGGCCAAGUCAGCAGAGGCGGGACUUACAAUCCUCUCAACGUCUUGUCCGACGCUGUUUCUGGGGAUUUCCUCCGGUUUCUCUUCGUUUUUGGCGCUCGAAUCCCUGCCCAGGUGUUUGGAUCCAUCUCUGGGGUUAGGUUCAUGAUCAAGACCUUUCCUGAGAUAGGACUUGGCCCGCGCUUGCAAGUGGACAUCCACCAUGGUGCUCUCACGGAAGGACUAUUGACAUUUUCCAUAGUAACCAUCUCUCUCGUGCUAUCGAGAAAGAUUUCGGGUAGUUUCUUCAUGAAGACUUGGAUCUCAAGUGUCAUGAAAGUCACCCUUCAUAUACUCGGCUCUGACCUCACUGGCGGCUGUAUGAACCCUGCCUCGGUGAUGGGAUGGGCUUAUGCCAGGGGGAUUCACCUCUCGAAGGAGCAUUUGUAUGUCUACUGGCUCGCCCCGGUCAAGGCAACUCUGCUAGCUGGGUGGAUAUUCAAAAUGGUGACCGCUGCGCCUUCGAAGGGAGCUACUACUGCAGAGAAAGAGAAGUUGAACAAGUAAGAAUGAAAGGGCAUUGUGUUCCAGUGAUCUUAACUUCCUGGUUCAGUUUCCUCUCUUGGAUGGUCUGAUUCAAGGCUUCCUCUUGUAGAAGUGAAAACAUCGAGGGAAGCAGUAAAGACUAAUAGGGGUGUUGAUUUAGAGGGAUCUUUGCUGCAAAUCUGUACAUUGUUGUUUUUGUUGCUGCAAAUCUGUACAUUGUUGUUGUUGUUGCAACCUGUUCAACACUAGCAAGUUUCUGGUUGCCAUUUCGGCUAUUUCCAUGGAUACUUGAAAUCCAAAUCAUUUCUUGUCUACUAGAAUCCAAGUCCUGAAAUUAAUACUUGAAAUCAAUGGACAUGAUAUGUUGAAUGAUAGGUCAAUCAUGGGCGACAUCUAAGGAAGUUGACAAAUACUAAUUGCAAACAAGAAAUGAACCAAAAAGUGUAGUAUGAGUAGGGCAUCUGGCUUGCAGAAGAAGGUGAAGUCUGAAGAAUGAAUCAUUGAGUGAACU